AUGACAGAUGUUGAAGGCCUUGACUCUGUUGAUUCCUUCGCCAACAGAACCACUUCUCAAGUUUGUGAAGACAUCAAAUCUAUGCGAAGAGCCCCUGAUCCCAACAAUGCAAAUGCGACUAUCGGAGUUACCGCUCGCGAAGCAAUGACUAUUCAUCGUAUCUCCAAAUAUGGGAAGCUCCUCAUUUUGGUUCAAAGAACCCAUACACCAGCCCUUGGAACCAUUCCAAAUCUCCUUUUUAUUGGUCAAUUCUAUGAUGAAAACCCAGAUCUUAUGGAAGGGGACUCCUACCCACUUCCUCCACAUCCUCCAAAGUUCAACAAUCGCGAUGGUCGAACCAUGAUGGAAAAUAUCAAAACCGAUGAUGGCACUUGCUCUAUUGAGGAAGAACUUGUCCGACGUGCUGCUCAUACUGGCGCUGUGUUCCGUCGCAACAACCAGAAAUUUUGGGUUUUGCUCCAUGCCGUCACACAUGAAACCGAUGUCUACAAUCACGUUCGUCAAUUUGCUCCAAGUUUGAAUGGCCGAGCUGCUUACUUUGCUCUGUUUGCACAAUAUUGUGGAAGGGGACAUUUCACCAAUGAAUGCCAAGCUGCUGUCCGUGUCCUCGCAACACUUCACUGGAACGGUAAAGCUCGAGGCUUCACUUGGAAUACUUUUAUCAGUCGCCUUAUUGGAGCCUUCAACGACCUCGAGUUGAACAGUGAUCCACGCUCUGAUGCAAAUAAGGUUGACGUACUUCUCGAGAAAACUGUUGGAGACUCCUCACUUUCCAAUGGAAGAUCUCAUAUUACAGGAGAUGCCGUUCUCCGAUCCAAUUUCCAAGGUGCCAUCGAUUAUUUAACAACACAAGUCUUAGCUGCAGGUAACGACAACACCCAGCGCCGCAAUCGACAACUUGCUGCUUUCACACGAGGUGGUGGUGGCGGACGUGGUGGUGAUGGGAGAAGUGGAGGCCGUGGCCGAGGAAAUGGCGCCUCAAACCGCCUGCAAUCAAAUGUUCCAGAUCGCUUUAGCCGCAAUGGUAUACUACUAAAUGAUGGAGGUUAUUCAAAUCAAAUCUGGAGAGAGGAGUUUACGCAAGAAGAAAGAAAUAUUUGUCUAGAAAUGCGUUGCAAUCGCCGCAACGGUGGUGGUGACCAGCCUAAUAAAGGUAAAGGUAAAGGUAAACCGAAGGACGAUAAGAAAGAGGCAGCAUGUUAUGUAUGUGGCAGGGAGGACCAUAUGUCUCCAAAAUGCCCGGACAGACUGCUACCAGAGAUUCAAUGGAAGAAUCCGAAACACUAUGUUGAUUAUAGGAAGAAGCUCAGAUUGAAGCAACUGUCCCAACUACAGCUAUAG